AUGGCCUACGUCGAGAGAGGUGUUGUGAAAGGCAAACGGACAAUCUGGAGACUAAGCAUAAUCCCUGACUUCUUUAAGGCUAUUGUGAACUUCAUCAGAAUGUUCUUCCUCACAAUGUUUUCUAUCGAGAAAACAGACAGCUAUAAGAAAGGAUAUGGUAGUGGUAAGAAGUGGGAUGGUGGACCUGGUGGGGGAGGUCCUGGUGGGGGUCCAUAUGGUGGUGGGGGCGGCGGCGGAGGUGGCCCUCGCGGUCCUCGCACACUAUCUGACCUCCGAUCAAACGAUCAGAGUUCCCUCCCUGCUUGUGGAUCCUGCUGCGGAUGA